GAAGGACCUUCCAAGCCAGCGGCAAGCUUCAAGUCGCUGUCAAUGCCGUUGAAGCUUGACGUGUUGUGUCAUUGAGCCCUCUCACACAUGGAAAAUGCUUAUGCUCCGCGUCUCCGGGAUCCAGAGCCUUUUCAUAAACACAGUUAACCAUUGACCAUCCCUUGGACUGCUGGACUUUCGCGUCGAUACGUGAUAAGCCGGGCGGGAAUGGCACCCUUAUCAACCUAAAGCUCUAUAGAAUGCCUUUGACCCAUCACAUGGACGCGCAUAAGAAGCCACUGAAGGGCCGUGGGGGACCACGGCAGGUCGACCUUGACCUCCAUCCACUCUCGCCAUGGCCAUCCUGCAGUCCAUCGCGGCGCAGUUUCGACCUUCUCCAGAGCAUCAGUCGCCAGAACCGUCCGUCAAGGAGAAGGACUCCGAUGUCGAGGACAAGGCGCCUGCUGCCGUGCCCGUCCAUGUCGCAGAUAGCAACACUGCGGCGGGUGUGGCGGGAAUUGAGGCCAUGCAGGCGAUCUGGGGGACCAAGGGAAGAUGGAUUCUCAUCUCUGGUCUGGCUCUUAUGAUGAUUAUCUUUGAACUCGACAAUACCACGGUGUACAACUAUCAGACCUUUGCGACGUCCUCCUUCUCUCAGCUUAGCAAAUUGUCCGCCAUUUCCACCGCGCAAACACUCGUUUCAGCGGUCAUCAAGCCGCCUAUAGCGAAGCUAUCGGAUGUGAUUGGCCGUGGCGAAACGUACCUGCUGACGAUCUCAUGCUACCUCCUCUCGUACAUCCUCUGCGCAUCGUCAGCCACUGUCGAUGUAUACGCGGGAGGCGCCAUGUUUUACGCAGUCGGUCAAUCUGGGACGCAAAUCCUCGACCAGAUCAUCAUUGCCGACAUCUCAAACCAGAGGUGGCGCGGGUUCGCGAUCGGGUUCUCGUACUUCCCCUUCCUAAUCACGCCCUGGGUCUCCGCCUUCAUCGUCGACUCUGUCGUCAACGGCAUCGGCUGGCGCUGGGGCAUCGGGAUGUUCGCCAUCCUCAUGCCCUUCUGCGCCUCCUUCAUCGUCGUCACCCUCAUCUACUUCGGGCGCAAGUCGCGCAAGGCGGGUCUCGUGGUCAAGAAGCGCCUCACUCUCUACGAUUAUUGCUCCCUCAUCGACCUGGGUGGCAUGGUCCUGCUGUUGGGCGGUUUCGUGAUGCUGCUUUUACCCUUUUGCUUGGCGGCGACGACGCCGAGUCAGUGGAAAACCGCGUAUUUGGAUGCUCUGAUAGGCGUCGGCGCGGUAUUCUUGAUUGCGCUCGUCCCUUACGAAAAAUACUACGCAAAGCAUCCCGUCGUGCCGCUGCGGUACUUCAAGAACAUGACGAUCGUGAUGUCCUGUCUGCUCAGCGCGUUCGAUGCUGUUGGCUUCGCGUGCACACAUACGUACCUAUACGCCUGGUCCAUCGUUACGCACAACUACAGCGUGCGCAAUGCCACGUUCCUCGUCUAUCUCAACGGUGUCACGCAAUGCCUCGUCGGCAUCGGCGCCGGUUGGAUCAUGUACAAGAUGCGCCGCUACAAGUGGAUGCUUGUCGUUGGAUGUGCGAUCCGGUUUGUGGGCUAUGGGGUCAUGAUGCGCCUCCGAGGUCAAGAAAACUCUAUGGCGGAGCUGUUUGUCGUACAGGCUGUGCAAGGUAUCGGUAGCGGCAUAGUGGAGACCAUUGUCCUGGUCUCUGCUCAGAUCGUCGUCCCACACGCCGAGCUGGCCCAAAUUUCCUCACUCGUACUGCUCAUCGGCUUCCUUGGCUCGGCUGUCGGGCAAUCGAUCGCGGGUGGAAUCUAUACCAACACAUUCCCCGCACGCCUACACGAGCGACUUCCCAACGCGUCGGACGAAGAGGUCAAGGCUCUCAUCAACUCCAUUACUGGCGUGCUUCCAGAAUGGGGCUCGGCGGAUCGCAUCGCGGUCAAUUACGCCUACUCCGACGUUAUGCGGUAUAUCACCAUUGUCGCCCUCGCGGUGUCUGUGCCAAUCAUGAUCUUUGGCCUCUUGCUACCUGACAAGCGACUUGGGGAUGCGCAUAAUGCGGCGGAGGGCACCGAUGUUGCGGGGCGCCUAGUGGAAGCACCAACUGAGAAGUGAAGAAAGGCGUAAUACUGCCCUCCUUGAAUCUGAAGGAUAGGGUCACAAAUACUUC